AUGAGUUACUUUGGUCGGCAGAAGGAUGCAGGAUGUGGCGUCUCAGUUCCUCUGCAGAGUGUGGAGGUGGAGCUGCAGGUGAAGGACCAUGUGGCUACAGUCAUCUCCACUCUGAACUACCAGAACAAGGAGGACAAACCUGUAGAGGCAGUUUUUGUCUUCCCUCUGCCUGGAGAUGCUGCUGUGUGUCAUUUCAGCGCUGGGAUUGGAGAGACACACAUUGUAGCUGAGCUGAAGGAGAAGCAGCAGGCUCGGGAGGAGUAUGAUGAUGCUCUGAGCUCAGGGCAGCAGGCCGUCCUGUUGGAGGAGAGUGAGGAGACUCCUGAUCUCUUCUUUCUGAGUGUGGGUAAUCUCCUUCCAGGGCAGAGUGUCUUCAUCAGGCUGGAGUAUGUCACUAUUCUGGCUGUGGAGGCUGAUAAUGGGCUGAGGUUCUGUCUGCCUGCUGUGCUCAACCCUCGCUACCAACCUCAAGAUACAAGAUUAAGUCAUCUUCGUUGGUUACCUGCCCAGAGUGACACAGCCUCUGAGGUUCCCUACAGUCUGUCCUUUUCUGCACGAGUGUCCUCUCCUCGUCCAGUUUCCAAAGUAGAGUCCAGCUGUUCUCUGGAGCCUCUUCAGUUCCUGAACUCUGAUCACACAGAGGCUGCUGUUAAGCUGGCUGCAGGACACAAGUUUGACAGAGAUGUAGAGCUGCUGAUUUAUUACAAAGAUGCUCACCAGCCCUCUGCUGUGGUGGAGGCAGGACAGGACUCUGCUGAGCCUGGCACUCUGAUGGGUGAUCCUGUGGUGAUGCUGAGUCUGUACCCAGAGUUCCCAGAGUCUCUGAUGUCUCCACUUGCUACAUGUGGAGAGUUUGUGUUCUUGUUGGAUCGAUCUGAGAGCAUGAGCUGUCCGUACGAGAAUACAACUCGCAUCAGCAGUGCAAGGGAUACUCUGCUGCUCCUGUUGAAGAGUUUACCAACAGGCAGCUACUUCAAUAUCUAUGGUUUUGGGUCCAGAUUUUCACAGAUUUUCCUGAAUAGCGUGGAAUACAGUGAGGAGAGCAUGGAGGAGGCUCUGAAGAAAGUGAGGCUGAUGCUGGCUGAUCUGGGAGGAACAGACAUUCUUCAGCCCCUCAAAUACAUUUACAGUCAGCCCUUCAUCUCCAACCUGCCUAGACAGUUGUUCAUCCUUACUGAUGGAAAAGUGGAAAACCCAAAUGAAAUUCUAGAUUUUGUGAAAAACAAUGCAGGUUCUCACAGGUGUUCCUUUUUUGGGAUUGGAGAAGGAACCAGCUCUGCUCUCAUCAAUGGGUUACCUAAGGAGGGUGGAUGUCAUGCUCAAUUCAUUACUACAGAUUUAAAUGUGUUUCUUACUGUAAUGCAGUCACUGAAAUCUGCACUAGAGCCUGUUGUCAAAGACAUCUCCGUCAUAUGGGAUUUACCAAAGGGAGUGUCUGCCACUGUCCUCUCUCCACCAAUCACAACAAUUGUCCGGGGUCAGAGGUCAACAAUUUAUGCCCAACUCAGUGGAAAGAUACUGAGUUCACAAACAGACUGCAGUGUGACAUUGAAUUACACUCUAGGAAAUCGCUCCUUCAAGAACCAACUACAGUUUCACUUGAAUCCGUCAAAGGAGACUGGGUUAACAGUCCACAGGUUAGCCGCUCGUUCUCUGAUUCGUUCUCUGGAGGUUGAGGAAAGAGACAACAGAGGAAAGUCAGAUGAAGACAUGAAGAAGAAGGUGGUGGAGCUCAGUGUCCAAUCAGGAGUGAGCAGUGGUCACACUGCCUUCAUUGCUGUCAACAAGGACAGUGGUGAUGCUGUUCAAGGACCUCUAGUGCACGGCAAGAUUCCGAGGCUUGGUGAGAUUUUUUGGCAUUUGAACUGCAGUCCAGACCUGAAGAUAGUGAAGGACAAGAUUAUAGUUGCAAAGGUUUUUAUCUUUUUGUUUUUUCUGUAUUUCUACUACAUUCAGGUCAUAUUUGACCCCCCCAAACAUGCAUUUACACUCACCAAAACCUCCAUACACCUUCAGCCUGGUGAAAAAUUAUGGAUUUUAAGGGAUCUAUAUCAGGAAAAGAAUCACAUUUUUGAGAUGUUAAAUGUAUUACUUAAGGCUGGGUAUCAGUUAGAAACAGGCUUAACAGCCAACCUGAAGAGAGGCAUCCGACAGGCCAAGACGGAUUACAAGAAGAAGAUUGAGGAUAAUUUCAACAGGAACAACACAAGGCAGGGGUGGCAAGGGAUCCAGCAAAUCACCAACUACAGGCCACGUCCUGCUUCUGUUGACGGGGACCCUUCGUUGGUGGGGGAGCUUAACCUCUAUUUUGCUCGUUUUCAGCCGGAGGUGGCUUCACAUUGUCUCCACCUCCCACCGACAUUGGACAGUCAUCAGUUUGCAUACAGGGCAAACAGAUCCACAGAGGACGCCAUUACCACCACCCUCCUCACUGCUCUGUCACACCUGGAGCAGUCAGGGAGCUAUGCGAGGCUGCUCUUUGUGGACUUAAGCUCCGCUUUUAACACCAUCCUCCCGCACAGACUGGUGUCCAAACUAGAGACCCUUGGACUCCAUGAUUCAAUCUGCCUCUGGAUCCUGGACUUCCUGACAGGCCGCACUCAAAGGGUGAGAGUAGGACUCCACAUGUCGGCAGCCCUCACCCUCAACACCGGCUCCCCACAGGGCUGCAUGCUCAGCCCCCUGCUCUAUACCCUCUACACCCACGACUGCACCUCCACUCACACAACCAUCAAGUUUGCUGAUGAUACCACAGUGGUGGGGCUCAUCUCUUGGGGGGAUGAGAGCGCUUAUCGGGACAAAGUGGAACGACUCUGUCUGGUGGUGGAUUACAGGCGGAAGAAAACGGUCAUUCAGCCCCUGUACAUCAGCUGGGACAUGGUGGAGAGGGUGGAUACCUUCAAGUUCCUGGGCGUCACCAUCCAGCAGGACCUGACCUGGAGCGCUAACACCACUGCACUGGUGAAGAAGGCCCAACAGAGAUUGUACUUUCUCGGGCUUUUGAAGAAGAACAACCUUGACGAGGAACUGCUGGACACGACACUCCAAACGAGGGAAACCCUCCACCUGGGCAUGAGACUGGGUCCUCAGCACGCUCGUGUUCUCCGGUGGGGGGCAGAGUCCGGGAGUGCCCUGGAAUUUCUUCCUCAUGCACCUCCGACGGACGUUGCGGCGGAAAGCCACCCCAGCAGAAUCCUCGACGUACACGGCGUAGUGCAGAACAAGCGAAUAUUAUCUUGUUGUCCCGAGGAGAAGGUCUGUGUGUUCUGCUCCUCUGUAUUCUUCUGCAAGAACGUGUUCUCCUGCUCUAACAUUUUUAGAAGCCUCUGUGAGCCGCCCCGCAGAGACCCUCUGCUGCAGCUCCAGAAGGCGUCCGGCUGCUGGCUGCUUGAUGAAGGUCUUCCCUCAGUGCUGGGAAAAACUAGUGAGGAGGUAGAGGAGUCAAAACCCGCAGAGGUCAGCAGUGAGGUGUGGGCCACCAUUCUGGCUCUGAUCUGGCUUCAUGGAUUCAAGAUGGAUGCAAAGGAUGAAUGGGAGCUUCUGGCUGUGAAGGCUGCUUCAUGGGUCCAAGCCCAGAAUGCUCCAUGUGUGAAGGAGUGUGUUGAUGCUGCAAAUGCUCUGCUGGGCUGCAGAGUGCAGGAGGAAGCUCUGGGGCUCUGAAGAAGGAACUGAAGUUCAAACUUAAGACAGAAGAUUUUAUUUUAAAAAUUCAAAAACUCAUGUUACGUUUUUCAAAAUCUGCAAUUGUAAAGUUUAUGCAGAGAUUUAUAACCACUACUAGCUUUAUCAUAUCAUCAUGUAGCCUUUGUGAUUCACAAUUGAUGGUUUUAUUUGAGGUUUGACACAAAUUUUCUUUGAGUAAAAAAUAUGCAUAAAUUGAUGAUUGAAAGAUGUAGUUACUCUGGCUGCCACUAGAGGGCAGGGCUCUUUAAUAGGAGCCUUAGCUUGGUUGGAGGCUCUCUUUCUCAGCGGGUUCAGGAAAGGCCGUUUCUUUAUUUCUUUCUUUAUUUUACUUUACAAUUGAACAGAAAAUGAAAGAUUAAACUAUUUAUGAAGAACAUUUUCUACUUUAAGACCUGCUAGUAAAGAUUGAUGCUUUAAAAGAGGUUUAAGAUGAGAAUAUUUGUUUCUUUAUUUAUUUUUUUGCCACAUCACAUCACAAUAGCAGCUGAAGUAGCUUUUGAUUUUCACCGACAUCAUUAUUGUAUUUUUUCAGUAAGCUUUGUAAAAUGUUUUUUACCUCAUUGUGUUGCUGUCAUUUGAAUCUUAAGGAUGUUUGAGGCACAUUGUUUGUAAUCAAGAAGGUUUGAAACACAUUUUCUGGUUAAGUUGAUCUAAUCAUGAAAGUCUGUUUUGUUUAUUUCACAAAGUAACAUAAUUAGUAAUAAAGUACCUACAGUGAAAUUUAAGUCAUUUGAAUGUUU